AUGCAGCAGCGAAAAAACACCGGCUACAUCAUCAACUGCAAGAAAGCGCUGGAGAAGUUUGAGAAUGACAUAGCACAGGCUGAAGCCUGGCUGCACGAGCAGGCCCAGAAAGAAGGCUGGAGCAAAGCAAGCAAGCUGGAGGGUCGCAGAGCCAAAGAGGGUCUGAUCGGCCUGUUUGUGGGGAAUCAGACUGCAGCCAUGGUGGAGGUGAACUGUGAGACAGACUUUGUUGCUCGUAAUGAGAAGUCCAGGCAACUGGUGAAGGAUGUGACCUUAGCUACACUGACUCACCAUCAGAAUAAAAAUCAAAGCCAGACAGGAUAUGUAAAGAGUUUCCUGUCUGGUGACGAGUUGAGUAAACUCAGUAUGAAAGAAGGAUCUUCAUUAGCUGACCACCUGGCUCUCACAAUAGGUCGCCUUGGUGAGAACAUGGCUCUGAGGAGGGCAGUGAUUCUGCGGGUCCCUUCUGAGUGGCACAUAGGUUCCUAUGUGCAUGGCAACAUCAGCGGCCAGACCGAGGUGGUGAUGGGCCGCUACGGCGCUCUGGUCAUAUUCCAGGGUGGGAAGGAUGGAGAACGGGAUACUUUAGGUCGUAAACUUGGACAGCACAUCGUGGGGGAGGCCCCUUUGUCCCUGGGCAACAUGGAUGACCUGCCUUGUGGUGAAUCUGAGACACGGCUACUGCCUCAAACCUUUCUGGCAGACCCUAGUAGGACUGUGGCGCAGUUCCUCAAGGGUCAAGAGGCCCGAGUGUUGGACUUUGUUCGAUUUCAGUGUGGAGAGACACUGGAAAAAGAAUAGAGGAAAUCCCGUAAUGAUUCUCUAAUGUGCUUUUUAAUGUGCUUUAAGACUGAGUGGUAUCACACAUGAGAUGACAGAAUAAUGUAAAAAAAAA